CUCGCCAUCGUAUGACGUUGAAUGAUGCAAUGUGGAGUUUUGUGUGCCUGCUUUCGAAAUUGGUUAUUUUCUAACAUAUUGUACAGAAAUUGGUAUUAAUUUUCGGUGACAAACUUCUUAAAGUGCUGUUGAAAAUUUGGAGUCAUGUCUGAUUUCGAAGAAAAGAAACAUCUCAUCACUCGUAAUUUGCAGGAGGUUAUAGGUGAAGAGAAGCUUGUCGAAAUCCUGAAGCAACGAGAUGUUAAAAUCUAUUGGGGUACAGCUACAACAGGCCGACCUCAUGUAGCAUACUUUGUGCCUAUGUCUAAAAUAGCCGAUUUUCUUAAAGCAGGAUGUGAGGUAACAAUCUUAUUUGCAGACUUACAUGCCUAUCUGGACAAUAUGAAAGCACCAUGGGAUCUCUUGGCACUUCGAACUGAAUACUAUGAAGCAGCAAUAAAAGCUAUGUUAACUUCUCUUGAAGUACCAUUAGAAAAGCUUCGUUUUGUCCGUGGCACAGAUUAUCAAUUGAGCAAAGAGUUCACAUUAGAUGUGUACAGGCUCUCAUCUGUGAUUACUGAACAUGAUGCGAAAAAGGCUGGAGCAGAAGUAGUGAAGCAAGUUGAGUAUCCAGUACUAAGUAGUCUGUUAUACCCUGGCUUACAAGCAUUGGAUGAAGAAUAUUUGAAAGUUGAUGCACAAUUUGGAGGUGUUGAUCAAAGGAAAAUAUUUACCUUGGCUGAGAAAUAUUUGCCUCGACUGGGUUAUGCUAAAAGAAUACAUUUAAUGAACCCUAUGGUACCUGGACUCACUGGUGGCAAAAUGUCUGCUUCAGAGGAAGACAGCAAAAUUGAUUUGCUCGAUAGUCCUGCUGUUGUUAAAAAGAAGCUUAAAAAAGCUUUCUGUGAACCCGGUAACAUAACUGAUAAUGGUAUUUUAUCAUUCACUAAGCAUGUGAUAUUUCCUUUAAUGAAGCAGGAUGAGGUUUUCAAAAUAUGUCGAGCAGAAGAACAUGGAGGAAAUGUAGUUUAUUGCAAAUUUGAAGAUUUAGAACAAGCUUAUGCAAAGCAAGAAAUCCAUCCAGGAGAUUUGAAAGCCUCAGUAGAGCAAGUAAUUAACAAACUUUUAGCUCCAAUUCAUGAAAUAUUUAAGGAUAGUAAGCUUCAAGAAUUGACCAAAAAAGCUUAUCCACCAGCAAAAAAAGUUACAGCAAAUGCUGCAGCCAUUGAUGAGGUUACUCCUUCUAAGUUGGACAUAAGAGUUGGUCGCAUCGUAGAGGUAUCUAGGCAUCCUGAUGCAGAUUCUUUGUAUGUAGAAAAAAUUGAUUUAGGAGAAGAAGAACCAAGGGUAGUAGUAUCGGGACUUGUAAAUUAUGUUCCAAUAGAAGAAAUGCAAAACCGGGAUGUAGUAGUAUUAUGUAACUUAAAACCGGCUAAAAUGAGGGGCAUUGAAUCAAAGGGAAUGGUUUUAUGUGCAUCUAUUGAUGACCCUAAACAAGUAGAACCACUCUUGCCACCAAAAGACAGCCAGCCCGGUGAAAGAAUUGUAGUAGAAGACUAUGUUGUGGGUGAACCGGAUGAUGUGUUAAACCCAAAGAAAAAGAUAUGGGAGAAACUGCAAGUUGAUUUGAAAACAAAUGUAGAUUUAUUUGCAGUAUGGCAAGGGAAUAAAUUGAUAAGCAAAGUCAGUGGUAACCCAGUAACUACUAAGUGCUUAGUUAAUGCACCUAUCAAAUAAUUUUAAAAUGGUUUUUUAAGCAAAAAUAAUUUGCUGUUUUAUAACUCAUUUUUGAAGUGUUGAGUUUAUAAGUAUGCAUUUUGACAUUAAAAAAAA